CUCGAAUAGAUCAAUUAACCACAACGGCAGAUGACCCCAAGACCAGACCAGGGCUAGUCAGGGCGCAUUCAUGUGAAUCGUGUCGUGCGCGUGAAUAAGGAUCGUCCAUUAUUACUACGUACCGCAUAGUACAACGCCGGCCCUGACUCGGCAUGGCGUCAAUGGACCGCCAAACCAUGACAAUCAAUGCAAACUCCCAGCACUCUUCUGACUCUCACACUCACAAACGCGCAGAAACGUCCCCCCUGCGUCGACCCGCCAACACCAGCCCGCCCACUAGCGAUCCUGGCGCGGACAAUGGCCGCAGCGGGCUGGACCGACCAUGUCAAGAAGGCCUGCGCUGCCCUGCUUUACGGCUUCGCCAAAGCGUCCCCCCCAGCAUCUACAAGCAUCUCCCAGCGUCUCCCCUGGAAGAAGAAGGCUGCAAAACCUUGGCCAACUCGAGGGCCCUGGCAGAAAUGCAACCAUGGCACCUGGAACCCCCGGGGCUGGAACACACAGGAACCGCAAGAGCCCACUGCUGCGCCCAACCGUUGGCUAGCGACUCGUACUAUGCCGCGACGGGCUUAAUUGCCACGCGUGUCCAUGAUGUGAGCCGGUGGGGGAGCUGCUCGCGAGCAUUAACGAGAUUGAGCAAAGAGCCUGGAAGAAGCCCGGGCCGGCAAGCGAGCGCAGGCGGUCUUGAGUGCUUGUUACGAGCCCGAGCUUGGACGCGGGUUUUAAUUGGGAUAGAUGGAGAUAGAUGGAGAUGGAUUGAAAUACAUGGCAUGCGACUCUGACUUUUCACCAUGGCGCAACGGCGUUUUUGUGACGUGAUUGACUUGGACGCGGACACGGCAGAGGCGUCGAGGAGGGAGCAUUGAUGAAGCCUGAGCGAACGGGCACGCUCGCUGCAUGAGAGCGAACGCGCUCAAGGGGUUGGUUCCAUGGAGACGUUCUAGAGCCAAACACGGGCCUGUCACUGACGAACCAAUGCCAUGCCGGCGACUUGCCAGGCCAUCCCAUCCGAAUGGACCUCUGCAGGUGUCGAG